UUUGUUUUUCUCUUCGUGAUGACGGAUUUAUCUUUAGCGAGAAGGAUCUGGUUGUUUUUAUAGCAGUGUAUUCUCGAGUAACGCAUUGACUUGACAGACAUGGAGACUCCGGUUAUUGACGAAAUGGUUGACUUUCGCCGGUUACCCAAAGAUACACUUGUCCUGAUACUGUUGAUGAUUUACUUUCCAGUUGGCAUUUGUUUGAUGUUACUACGCAUUUUUAUCGGCGUCCAUGUAUUCUUAGUCAGCUGUGCAUUACCAGAAAGUUUUCUAAGAAGAUUCAUUGUGCGAGUUAUGUGUUCCGUCUUGGGAAUGCACGUGAGGCAGCAAAAUCCUCGAUCUCGAGACAAAAAUACCAAACUUUACAUAUGCAAUCAUGUGACAGAGUUUGAUCACAACAUAAUCAAUCUCCUGACCCCUUGCUGUACUCCCCAAUUUGAGGGAUCCACAGGUUUUGUGUGCUGGGCCAGAGGCUUCAUGGAACUGCACUCUGCAUUUGGCAGAGGAGCAAUAAGAGAGUCACUUCAGAGGUAUUGCUCCACUGAAGGAGUUUCACCAUUGCUUCUGCUCCCUGAAGAGGACACCACAAAUGGGCGUGCUGGCCUGCUAAAGUUCAGUUAUUGGCCCUUUUCUCUGACUGACUCCAUUCAGCCUGUGGCCUUGAGGGUGGCAAGACCUCUGAUUUCUUUGAGCACGCCUGAGACCAGUUGGUUGACAGAGCUGUUAUGGACAUUUUUUUCUCCAUUUACAGUGUAUCAUGUAAGUUGGUUGCCACCGGUUUCUCGACAAGAUGGUGAGUCCUCCCAGGAGUUUGCCAACAAAGUCCAGGAGUUGCUCGCCUGUGAACUUGGCUUGGUCUCAACAAAGAUCACUAAAGCUGACAAAGCUGAGCACAUCAAAAGGAAACGACAUGCUGUGACGCAAACAUCUUCAAAUAUAAGACCUGCAUCUAUUGGCUUGGGUUUUAUGGUGCAGGGUUUGGGACCAGAUGAGCACGGGAUAGCUAUAAUGGCCCAGCAGGUUAAAGAUGUACUGCCUCACAUCCCCCUGAAUGUCAUCACAAACGACUUAGCAAAAACAAAUUGUGUUAACAUCACUAUAACAAACCUCCUGGAAAACAAUGAGGAAUCUUCAGUAGAAGUUACUGAGACGUCACUGUUUGGAGCAUCAGUAAACAGCUCUUAUUCCUCAAGUUGUUCUCCGACCAUAAAGCCUGCUGCAACAUCUUUUGGGAAAUCACCGACUGACAGGCAUUUGUCCCUUCAAGAGAGGAAAGACGCACUGUAUAAAUUUGCAAGAAGAGACAGGAAGGAGUGGGCUGACUUGGAGCCUGUUCCUCAAGAUGAUGGACCGAACCCUGUUGUCAAAAUUGCUUAUUCAGAAAAGUUCUCUGAUGUCUUUGACUAUUUCCGUGCCCUGCUGAAGAAUGACGAAAAGAGUGAACGAGCUUUCACCUUGACAGCAGAUGCUAUUGAGCUGAAUGCUGCGAAUUACACAGUGUGGCAUUACAGACGAGUUUUACUACAAGCGUUGUCAAAGGACCUGCGGAACGAAAUGAGGUACAUUACUGCCAUCAUUGAGGACCAACCUAAAAACUACCAAGUCUGGCAUCACAGACGAAUAGUAGUUGAAUGGUUGAACGAUCCCUCAGAGGAGCUGGAGUUCAUUGCAGACAUCCUCAGCCAAGAUGCAAAGAACUACCAUGCCUGGCAGCACAGGCAGUGGGUCAUCCAGGAAUAUAAACUGUGGGACAAUGAGCUGGAAUUUGUUGAGAAUCUCUUGGAUGAAGAUGUGAGGAAUAAUUCUGCAUGGAACCAGAGGCAUUUUGUGAUUUCACACACUACAGGGUUCUUGGAUCAAGCUAUACUUGAGCGAGAGAUUGAAUACUGUCUGACCCAGAUCAGAAAGGCCCCCCACAAUGAAAGCGUGUGGAACUAUUUGAAAGGGAUGUUUCAGCACAGAGGUUUAUCAUCUCAGCCUGACCUGCUGGAGAAAGUCCUAGAGCUAAAGGAGACUCAUUGUUCUUCAUACCUUCUCGCAUUUCUUUUUGAUUGUUAUGAGGAUACUUUGGAGAACAGCAGUCAAAAAGGACAAGCAGAGGAAGACCGGGUGGAAAUUUUAAAAAGAGCUCUAGAAUCAUUCCUGAAACAAAGGCUGAAAAUAGGUCUUCACUUAUGGGCUGCACCAUUUCUGAACUUUUAGCCCAGGAGAAGGACACCAUCCGCAAGGAGUAUUGGCUCUUUUUAGGACGUUCUCUAAGGAACAAAUACGGAUCGAGUGAGCCAGUCAACGCCGAACUUCCAUCCUUGACAGCUGAGCAGCAGGAAAUGAACUAAUUCCACUAGUCCAAUCCACUCCUACUUAUUGUUUUUUGUUAUUAUUAUAGUACUUUGCUAUUUUUUUUAAAUACCCUACACAGUGGAUCAUAGAGGGAGAGUAAUGAGAAUGGAUCAUGUACGUAUAAAGCAAUUGUGUAAAGUCCUUUCUUAAAAACAAUCCAUCUAGUUUCCAUACUGCUUAUCACUUGAGUAGUUGACUUGUUGGUGCCUGUGUCAGCUGUUUUCAACCGAGAGGCGGGGUACACCCUUAACUGGUCGCCAGCCAAUUUCAGGGCAUAAAGAAACAACGCGUCACACUUCCAUUCACAGCUACGGGCAAUUUAGAGUUUUCAGUUGACCUGCUGGACAUGUUUUUGGGAUGUUUGAGAAAACCCACACAGGCAUGGGGAGAACAUCCAAACAGGGAAAGUCUGGAUUUGAACCCAGGUCCUCAGAACUGUGAGGCAGAUGUGCUAAGCAACCACCGCCGUGCCCCCCUUCAAAAUCAUGAUAAAUUUUUUGCCACCAGGGUUCAUUCAUUCAUUUGGCUGCUGUUGCUGUACUUUAAAAUGUCUUAAAACAUUUAAAUUCGA